CGGCCCCCGGGGCGCCCUUUCCUCCUCGCUUCCCACCAGGCCAGGCCAGGCGGGAGUGGGGGGCGCCCACCAUCACCCUCACCCCGAGGAGCUGGAGGAGGAGGCUGGCCUGGGGGAGAGCGACCCCGGGGACUCGGCCAUCGAAGACCCGGAACUGGAAGCCAUUAAAGCUAGAGUGCGAGAGAUGGAGGAAGAAGCCGAGAAGCUGAAAGAGCUGCAGAACGAAGUAGAAAAACAAAUGAACAUGAGCCCCCCUCCUGGCAACGCUGGUCCAGUCAUCAUGUCUUUAGAAGAAAAGAUGGAGGCCGAUGCCAGAUCCAUAUAUGUAGGCAAUGUGGAUUACGGGGCGACAGCCGAAGAGCUUGAGGCCCACUUCCACGGCUGUGGCUCCGUCAACCGGGUCACCAUCCUCUGUGACAAGUACACUGGUCACCCCAAGGGGUUCGCCUACAUUGAAUUCUCGGACAAGGAGUCGGUGCGGACCUCCCUAGCAUUAGACGAGUCCCUCUUCAGGGGAAGACAGAUCAAGGUGAUUCCCAAACGGACCAACCGCCCUGGGAUCAGCACCACAGACCGGGGCUUCCCCCGGACCCGGUACCGAGGGAGAGGAUCCGGCUACAGCAGUUCCCGGGCCCGUUUCUACAGUGGCUUCAGCAGCAGGCCGCCCCGAGGGCGCGCUUACAGGUCUGACCCACUGUUGUCGUUGGGCUGGGGGUGCGGGGGCAGCGCUGCACAAAGGAGGUGGGCUGCGCACGGCUGGAGACGGGCUUCUGCAUUAAGAGCAGGCGGCAGAAUUCCUGGCUGCCCGGGGCCGAAAGCAACAUGGCAAGCGAAAGAGGUGGGCUGGGAGCUGCAGCCACUCGUUUUGGCCAAAGACAGUCUAAGCGCAGAAACAACCGUCAGGUGGAAAAGAACAGUUCAAAUCGGGCGUGAAUUGGGGCACUGAAGGAGAAAGCGCCCACCCGGGUUUUCAGUUUGGUCUGUUCGCUAUUUCCAGUACUUAACAAACAGUGAAAAUUCCUCAGAUUCCCACAGUUCACAAUUGUGGGCUCUCCAUAAGAGCGUCAGGUGCUUCUUAGAAUUUCCUUCUGUGGAUUGUCCUCUCUGAGCUAGAAAGAAGUGUAGAACCCUUUGGGGACUGGGCUCAUAAAGAACAAAACAUGCUCAUCUUGAGCUUCUGGGGCUGAAGCCUGCCAGGUUUUCACAACUGAGGCCUUUUCCAACUCUGGGAUCUUCUUUGGGCUUUGAGUUACUUAGCUAUUCUUUCAUAUCCCUUCCAUUAACCUGCUUUCUUCUUCUCUCCACAGGGGCCGGGCCAGAGCGACCUC